GUUUAAUGAAAUGUUUAUAUUCAAAUCCACCAUGGCUCGUGACGUACGUAGAUACACGUGUGACAUGUGAUGGUGUAUCAGGCGCGAAAUAGUUCAAAGGUCACGACCUGCAGCAGCAGUAAUGGCGGCGUACAUCGGUAGCAUGGAGGGCGCGAUCCAAACCGUUCGCGAGGCCAUAAAACACAUUUUUGUACCUUAUAACCUGUCCAAUAUCCUACUAGGCGUGUCGUUUCUGGUGAUGAAGACUGUUCCACCCGUGUGCACCUGGCUGUUCCCUGCCCGUGACGAUCUAGGCCCGUGCGAACUGGACUGGCGAGAGCAAGAGAUUCUCAUGUUUUUGCUGUUGGCCAUCUUUGCUAAGACCCGCCGUGCUACUAGCAUGCACCAGUACGCCAGUACAACCUAUCUGUUCUCCAAGGCGGCCAAUUUCAUAUUAUACAUGCGCGUAGACCCGCGGUUUGGCGCGAUCUUCGCCAUUCUGUGCCUGGUGGUGUUCCUGAUCUUCCCUAAACCGGCUUAUACCGGGGAGGACACGAUCAAGUUCUACUCCCCGGACAGUCUGGAGGAGACACUUGCCCUGGCCAAGGGGAAGCGGCACGCCACCUACCUGCUGAUGGAGUACUACACGGCGUGGUCCCCGGACUGCAGGAGUCUGGCACCUGUUUUUGCAGACCUCUCGAACAGAUAUAACAGUAAGAACCUACAGUUUGGAAAGCUGGACCUGGGCAGGUAUCCAGCCAUGGGCAACAAGUACAGGAUUGACACGGGCGGCAUGAGUAAGGAGCUGCCCACCCUGGUUCUGUACGAGAACGGUCGGGAGAAGAUGCGCCGACCUGGCCACGACGUGAAGGGCAAGGUGGUGAAGUAUUCCUUCUCCGAAAACGACAUUGUGCGUGACUUUGACCUUCGAGACAUCUAUGAUCGCUCCAAGGCAAAGGUCAAGGAAGCCAAAGUGGAGAAGAUUGCGGAUGGGGUAGAAGAAGUCACGGACACAACCAAGGACAAAACAGAGUAAAUGUCAAAAAUGUAGUAAAGAAUGACUGGAGAGACUAGAAUUGCAUUGUUUAGGAGUUAUAGAUAACAGUCAUGGUUGUCUCCAAAACUGAUUUAUGAAGGGUGCAGUCUUCACAGUUGCUUAUGGUUACAGAAGUAUUGUUUUGGGUGCCUGAACUGUAAGUUUGUGUGUCCGUUUGUUUGGACAGAGUUGGUUGGCAGCAUGUGGGAGGGGGAAGAUUGACAGGCAGAAUGACAGGUCAGAAGUCAAACACAAGGAAUGAGGUGAGCUUGAGAAUAGGUUGAGAGUUUGUGGGUAGGGGAAGAUAGGCAGAUUGACAAAGAAGAAGGCAAAAGGUCAGACACAGGAAAUGGGGUAAACUUCAAGUUUUCAGUUACGAAAACCCAGAAUAGUUCUCAGAAGUCUUGUUACCUUUGCUGAAUGGACUGGUAUAUUUAUGUAUAUGUCAAAUUUUUGCUUUAUAUGUGAACAUUGCUCAAUGCACAUUAUUGUGAUUUAAGUAGCCCACUCCAACUGCAAUAGUCUAACUAGUCACAUAGCAUAUUAGAAUGGUCCAUUGCAACAUAUGAUGCCAGACUGCAGAACAGUUUUGUUAGUAACCUUUAUUGUACUGAGAAACAAUGGACAGGUAGUAAUAAUAUGCAGAACUUUCAUGGCAUGCUGAAGGUUACUAAAUGUUGUCAGCCUGCCUUAGCUACAUGUACACUGAUUGUAUUAAAGUAUUUGA